UUUAGUAGGUUUGGAGGAUUAUAUGUGUAAUUAAAGGAACAAAUACAAUGGUAAAAUUGGGAACUCGGAAAAACGGUGGAGCAGAGGUUUUGAUGGAGGGUUUAUGAGAUGGAAACUGAAGGAAGUUUUGGAAGCCUGCUGAGAUGGGCGGCCGAUCAUGGAAUUUCAGAUUCUAUCGAUCAGCACACUUCACGUUCUUGUUUGGGUCGUUCUUUGUGCGUUUCUUUCUUCCCUGAUUCCGGCGGGAAAUUGUGCUUCAGGAGAGGUUUAGCCGCUGUUCGUCAGCUUAACAAAGGAGAGUUAAUACUGAGAGCUCCAAAAUCUGUCUUGUUGACCACCCAAAGUUUGUCGUUGGAAGAUGAGAAGCUCGCAAUGGCUCUAAAGAUAUUCCCAUCUCUUUCUUCUACACAGAAGUUGACCUUUUGUUUGCUCAAUGAGAUUAGUAAAGGAGCUAGUUCUAGGUGGUUUCCUUACUUAAAGCAUUUGCCCCAGAGCUAUGACAUACUGGCAACCUUUGGAGAAUUUGAAAAGCAAGCCCUGCAGGUUGAUUAUGCUAUCUGGGCAACGGAGAAGGCUGCUUUGAAGUCUCGUAUGGAUUGGAGAGGAGUCAAAGGACUGAUGCAAGAAUCCAAUAUUAAAAACCAACUCCAAACAUUCAAGGCAUGGCUUUGGGCUUCUGCAACUAUAUCAUCUAGGACAUUGUAUGUACCAUGGGAUGAGGCCGGAUGUUUAUGUCCAGUUGGUGACUUGUUUAAUUAUGCUGCACCUGAAGGGGAAUCCUUUAAUGCUAUGGAUGUUUUGUCUUUUCCAUCACAUGCUUCUUUGAAUGAUGAGUUAGAGUCACUUGAAGAGCAAAGAGAUAGUCAAUGGGAUUUGACAGAUGGCGGAUUUGAGGAAAAUGCUUCUGCAUACUGCUUCUAUGCUCGGGAAAGUUAUAAGAAGGGAGAGCAGGUUCUUUUAAGCUAUGGUACAUACACAAACAUAGAGCUUCUUGAAUACUAUGGAUUUCUUCUACAGGAAAACCCAAAUGACAAAGUUUUCAUUCCUAUAGAACAUGACAUCUAUGUUUCCAGUUCUUGGCCCAAGGAAUCUCUUUAUAUUCAUCAAAAUGGAAACCCAUCUUUUGCUCUACUUUCUGCUCUGAGAUUAUGGGCAACCCACCCAAACAAGCGUAGAGGUGUCGGGCAUCUUGCUUAUGCCGGAUCACAACUCUCUGUCAAGAAUGAAACAUUAGUCAUGCAGUGGUUAUCCAAGAACUGCCAUACUGUUUUGAACAAUCUUCCAACAUCAAUUGAAGAAGACGAUCAGCUUCUGUGCAAUAUCGCCAAAGUCCAAGAUUUGCAGGUACAAAGGGAGCUCCGGAAGAUGCUGUUGACCUAUGGAGGCGAGUGUUGUGCUUUCUUGGAGACCAAUGGUGUGGUGAAUAGAGAUGAAGCUGAGUCACAUUUAUCCGAGAAACUAAAACGUUCUCUAGAGAGGUGGAAACUAGCAGUCCAGUGGAGGCUUUUGUACAAGAAGGCGUUGGUUGAUUGCAUAGGUUACUGCACCAGAACUAUUUGCUCUCUAUCUUCUUAAUCUGGUUCAGGUUGUUAUUAUCAGGUUCUAAUUUAAUUUAAGUGUUAAAAGAUUAGAAUGAUAUGAGUAUGAUAGCAUUGAAUCGACUGCUUCUUUUUUGCACUUGCUUUAUGCUCCUAAUUUUCCAACUACUUUAUGUGAACAAAGAAGGAAAAAAAUUCAGAUUAUAUGUACUUUAUAUGAAAGCUUUAGGUGAAGACA